AUGACUCGCUACGAAAAAUUAAACAACGAGUUCACCGAUCGGAUCGACUGUCCCGGAACGGAGAAACAUUACCGCCUGACGCGACCAAAAUGCCGAAAAAGCGAUCACGAUGAUCAUCCUGCGGAAGGCGUGGAGUGGUGUGUUAUGAUUGAAAAGUUUCUUCCACUAAUCGAACCGAUACGCCGGAUGGCGGUUUACGAGGACGACGUGUGGGUCAUCACGUUCCCGAAGUGUGGCACCACCUGGACCCAGGAAAUGGUUUGGUUGCUGAAUAAUGGCCUCAACUACGAGCGGGCCGCGAAGCAAACCCUCGAAGAGCGGUUUCCGUUUCUGGAGCUGUCGGGAGCCCUCUCCCUCAUCGAUGGUGAUUCCGUCGGCCGGGUGCAGGACCUGGCGCGUCCCCGGCACAUAAAAUCGCACCUUCCGUUCAUGCUGCUACCGGAAGCGAUUCAAACGGUGCGGCCAAAAGUUAUUUACGUGUCACGCAACCCGAAGGACGCCGCCACCUCCUUCUUUCACCACUAUCGCAACAUUGUGGGGUUCGAUGGUCCGAGGGAACAUUUUUUCGACGCUUUCCUUAACGAUAGUCUCAUCUAUGCACCGUUUGGGCCGCACGUACGGCGCUACUGGGAGUGGAGCAAGGAUCCGGCCGCCAACUGUCUGUUCCUUACGUAUGAACAGAUGAAGCGUGACCUUUGCGGCGUAAUAGCGAAAGUGAGCCGCUUUCUGGGGCGACAGUACACGGCGACCCAGAUCGAGGAACUGUCUAACCACCUGUCAGUGGAUUCAAUGAGAAAUAACAAAUCGUGCAAUAUGGACGAUCUGCUGGAGUGGGCCAAGAAAACCAAUUACAGCGAGGAACGUCAAAAGAUGGACAAUGAUUUUAGGUUCAUCCGUAGCGGAACCGUCGGGACGUACAAACAGGACAUGGACGAGGCGUACAUACGACGCUUCGCGGAGUACGAAGCGCGGGCCACGCAGGGAACGGAUUUUGACUUUUUCUUUUAG